AAAAACCCCGAAAAUCCACGAUUCGACAGAGCGAGGGCUGUGCGAUCCGCGAGGAAGGCAAACAGAAGUAAUAGAGCGGGCGAAUCAAGACCACGACUUGAGGAAGAACGGAAUAUCGGCAGCUGCACAGUUGACGUGAAAUCAGCAAUAUGGAAUACGCUGAGCCAUACACGGGAAUUAUACGAAGAAUGAAUACCGUCAGCAUAGAACUCGGCGACCUAUCAAUCGGCCGAGUAGAAAUCGGCGACGUAAAAUUUGGCCGUGUAAAAAUCGGCAAUGUGAAAAUCAACGACCUGAAAACGAAAGACAUAGAAACUGCCGAAUUGAAAUUUGGUGAUGUAGAUGUUGGCAAAGUGUCGGUCAGCGACGUGCGUGUCGGCGACUUACAAACCGUCAAAGUGAAAAUCGACGACGUAAAGGUCAGCGACGUAGCAGUUGGCAGGGUAGAAAUCGGCGACGUAAAACUUGGGGCCGUAGAAAUCGGCGACGUAGAUUUUGGCGACGUUGAAAUCGGUAGGGAGAGACGACUAGAGUAAACCGAACAAAACGAAGGGAGCGCAUACAUAUGUAGUGUGCAUGUCGAAUCAUCAAAAAUGGAGAUGUUUGAUUUUUAAUAAAUAAAAGGAGCAAUUUGACUAAAAUAAAUGAAACCAGAAA